AUGGAAAACGCACAGCCACGCAUGAAGAAGAGAAAGGUAAAUAAAGGGGUGUUUGGGGUUUCAGUUCCACGAGAGAUAAUCUGGGAGAUACUGAAAGAACUUCCUGUGAAAACCUUACUGAGACUCAGGUGUGUUUCCAGGCAGUGGCGCUCCAUAAUUGACGACGAUCCACUCUUCGUUGAGUCGCACCAUAAUCGGUCCAUCACUCGGCCCGACGGCAUCAACCUUCUGUUCCUGACAAAAAGAGAUUGGAAUUGGCAACUCUACUCCCCAGAUCCAAAAGGCGGCCCAGCCCUUCACCUUCUAUCUGUUCCCAUCAAUCUAGACGGGGAAUUUCCUUUGUAUUCCGUCAACGGCUUGAUCUGUUUUGGGAACUGCAUAUGGAACCCUAGCACCAAACAACGCAUAGCAGUUCCAGGCGCUAGGAUAAGGAGUCCAACUAUUGAGAUGCGAGGAGAAAAUCUAUUGAUGGUAAAAUCCUUGUACCUUCUAGGGUUUGAUCCUUCCAGUGGAAAACACAAAGUACUCAACAUUAACCAAAUUACAUCUCAAGACGAAGGUGAUGAGGAGGCCCAAACUCAGUUCAAGGUUUUGACUCUCAGUCGCGGCGGCGCCUCCACCACAUGGAGAGAAUGGAGAGAUAUUAAUGUUGAUAGUGAUACUGAUGAUUCUACUGUUGCAUUCAUGGCGGCAAAUAGCUACUAUUCACCUGGAUCCGGCCCCCCUAAAACAGCCUGUUGUAUCAAUGGUAUUAUAUAUUGCCUAGGAUAUACGUUCCCCCUAAAACAGCAUGUGAUACUGGCUUUCGAAGUUGGACCUGAGAGUUUCAAAAUUAUGCCACUUCCCAAAGGAGCCAAAUCAAUUUCUUUUUUUACAGUCGAAGUAGGAGGAGGACGUCUGGCUUUGAUAAAUCAUGAGGUGACCAAAAUUUGGAUACUAGAAGACUAUGACAAGCAACUCUGGAACAUGCAUACACUCGAAGUCAAUGGCAAAAGAAAAAGAAGUCCAAUACCAAUUGGUAGUACUGGUGGUGGUGAUCUUUUAUUUCAUGAUUUCAAAUCAAUGUUUUUCUAUUAUGAUAUUGAAAGUAAAAGAAUGAGGAGGAAGGACUACUCCGACCUAAAAUUACAAGGAAAUAUGGCAUCAGGGUCCGUCUUCAUCAAGCAUGUACGAUUGGCAACUCAAACCAAUCUGUCCGAGAGAAUUAGAUUUUGGUUUCAACUGUCAAGGAUGCUUGCAAUUGUAGAAGAACAGCAAUUGAAAGGGAGGUUCCUGAAUCUUGUGUUCGUCCACCAGCUAAACCUCCUGAUCAAUCAAGGCCAACCUCAAGGAGAUGAGGUUGGGGCUCAAAGCCAUGUUUACCGAUGA